AUGCCUGCGAAACGCACCACCGCCGCCACGGCGACUCCCACCGCGACCAAGUCCCUCUCGUCCGGCCCCAAGACCCUCACAGCCAACUCCUCCGUCUCCGACAUCAUCCACCAUGUGUGGCAGCAGUACGUGGCGACCACGCCGCAACGAACAAUGCUCCUGGACGUCUUCAUGGCAUUCCUGGUUCUUGUCGGGGGCAUCCAAUUCGUCUACUGUGUUGUAGCGGGCAACUAUCCCUUCAAUGCCUUCCUGAGCGGUUUCUGUGCCGCCGUUGGCCAGUUCGUGCUUACCGCGAGCUUGCGUAUGCAGACGAGUUCCUCUCCUUCCCAGGGUUCCGGCAAGACAAGCGCGAAGGGCGGGAAAAGUGCUGACAACGAAGGUGUUUCGCAUGAGAGGUGA